GAGGAAUAGGACUAUUCCCUCACAAACAGGGACUCUGGGGCAGCCAUGUCCUACUUCACCUCUCCACAAACUCAUCUGGGUCUUCUGCCUUCUGGCCAAGGUGGGGCUGCUUCUUCGGGUUCGUCCCUUGGCCUCUAUAGUCCUGCAGAGCCAGUGCUGGUGGCACCUGGUGGAUUAGGCCCACUGAGCCAGAAAGCUGAGCAGGUGGCACCUGCUGCCCAGGCCUGGGGUCCCACCUUGGCAGUGCCUGAAGCCAGGGGCUGCCCUGGGGGUGUUAGCUGGGAGACACCUCGGAGAAAGGAACACAACCGAUACUGCCCCAAAUUGCCCCCUGUGAGGCAGCUGGAGAGCUUGGGCUGGGCAGACCCCUGCUCCAGAAGCAGAGCUCCUCCCUAUCUGAGUGGCCCUAGCAGGCCCCGGCCCCUGCUGCUGUGUGGGCUGUCACCUGGGGUUCUGCCAAUAUCCUCCGAGGCAGUGGGGAAGGAGGCCAGCUCCCAACCUGACAUCUGCAUCCUUACCCUGGCCAUGAUGAUCGCUGGUAUACCUACUGUGCCUGUGCCAGGCCUGCGGGAAGAGGACCUGAUCCGGGCAGCUCAAGCCUUCAUGAUGGCCCAUCCAGAGCCAGAGGGGGCUGUGGAGGGGAUGCAGUGGGAGCAGGCGCAUGCCCACAUGGCUUCUGGACAGAUGCCUUUAGUGAGAUCCAGGAGGGGCUCCUGCUUGUAGUCAGAUGAAAUAGCAUGAGACACAGGGCGGCUUCUCCGUAUGGUUUUUGGGCAGAUGAGGUUGGGAAUGGCUCUCUCUGGCUGCGAUGGGAAGAGGGUGUGGGUAACUGAGCCACCCUGACAGACUGCACGGCUGGGUUAGGACCACUCUGCAGGAAGUUCUUCGUGCCACCACAGAUCUGAGCAGAUAAGGUACCUACCUAGGAAGCCCUGUUGGGAGAGUAGAGAAAAUUUUCUGUCUAAAGUCCUAGACAAUGUGGAUUUUCCUCUUGCCUUGUGUCCCAGUUUGCUGAGGGGAGAUGGCACUGUAGACGAAUGAUGGACACUUGGCUGAGUCAACAGACUUGUUCUUCACUCCAGCCAACCCUGUGGGAAAGCCCACUCUACAGAGAAGCUGAAGCCUAGGGCGCUUCCUGGAGCCUCAGUGCCAGUAAAGGCAGAACCAGGCCUGCAAACCCUGGCAGGUAAACCAGAAACAGUCAACAUCUCAGGUGGCACCACUGUGCCAAGGCUCCUCCUUUCACACCACAAAAGGACAUCCAUUAAACAGACAACAGGACAAGCACGGGGAGACAACAUUCACUUUAUUGAUCCCAUCCCAGGGUGGGACAGAACUGGGAACUCUGGCAGCCCCACCAAAGUAGCCUCUUCCUUCAUGGAGAGUUCCAGGGUCAGAGCCAAGUGAGUCCCAUCAUGACUGAGCAGGAGUUACCAACACAGAACCUUCAGCCUUACCACCCAUUAUUUCCCUUAAGGAACCAGCUGUUUCCAGAAACUUCUUAAGUUACAAAUCAAUCUUACUUAUGAAAAAGUUGUCAAAACUGAAUCCAGAAUGCACAACAGUGACUGUAUUUGGCCGUCAAA